UCCCAAGCUAAAACGCCAUCUGCAAAGCGUACAUUUCGUUUUUUUAAAUCCGUUCUUGACUUUUUGUUUCUUCUUUCUUCGCAGUUUGUGGCUAAUAUUGUGCGAUAUUGAUUAAUACCAGUCUGCGUCUUUGUUUAAUAUUGAAAAAGAGAAUUCGUACGGGAUACGGUUUAUCUAUUUGCCCAGCGAUAAGGUCCGAUAAUUGUUGUACUCUUCCUGGGGGAAGAAUCGGUCGAACUUUUCAAUUUCUGUAAACAGGGAGAAUUUCCAGUAAAAAAAAUGGAUGGCGACAGUAUAGACGCAAAGAUCGCAAAUGGGUCAAAAGUGGACGAACCGGACAUUCUUGGAUUCAGACCAAAAUCAAGAGAUGUUCCCAAAAUGGCUAGAAUGUCAGUUGAAAAGGAUGCAUACUUCUACAAGAUGACGCAUAAAAAACGUGGCAUUGCUGUGAUAUUUAACCAUGAAAAAUUCCUGGUAGGUAAUUUGACUGAUAGAACUGGUACAAAUGCCGAUAGCGAAGCUUUAGAAAAAUGCUUUACAAAACUCGGCUUUGAUGUUAUGGUUUUCAAAGAUCUCAGCUGUUCCGAGCUCAUCUCACAGGUUGAAAAAGUCGCUGAAAUGGACCAUUCCGACAAUGAUUGUUUGGUAAUGUGCAUACUCUCUCAUGGGGAGGAAAACUUUAUUUUUGCUUGUGACACCCUGUACAAACAUGAAGAAAUCUGGGGCCCGUUUACAGCUGAUAAGUGUCCUACUUUAGCUGGAAAGCCUAAAAUGUUUUUUAUACAGGCUUGCCAAGGGAAAAAGCUUGAUCCUGGAAUAAGAGUCACACAAGUUGACUCCAGUCCAUACUCGUAUAAAAUUCCUAUUCAUGCCGAUUUCUUAAUUGCAUAUUCAACAAUUCCAGGGUUUUUUUCAUGGCGCAAUACUGGAAAGGGGUCAUGGUUUAUUCAGGCACUCACAGCAGAAUUGGAAGAAUCUGCUUUUCUUUACGACAUGCUUACAAUUCUAACUUUUGUUAAUCGUAGAGUCGCGGUAGACUUUGAAUCGAAUGUACCUGGUAACACAAUGAUGGAUGCUCAAAAACAAAUGCCGUGUAUAACUAGUAUGCUGACAAGACUGGUGAAAUUUCCUGAAAUUAAGAAUAAAUAAUACAUUUGUACAAGAUUUAAAAAAAUGGAUUAAAAAGCAAAACGGGCAUUUGCUACUUUUUUAAACAGAAAAUGUUUUCUGUUUAUUAAUAAAAAAAAAAGGUCUAUUUUCUAUAAAUUCAUCAAUGUUUUAAUUUAGUAUAAUAUAUUUUAUAACCGAAUUAUACUCAAAUGUAAUUUAUGAAUAAAUUAUUUUUUUAUAAUAAUUUACUUUAAAAAAAUAAUAAAAUACAGUUGUAUUAAAAAUGUGUUUUACUAUAACAUCGAAGAUCAAUGGUUAAGUGAGAUAUGUGAAAAUUCUCACUAUAAUUUGAUACUUUAAACACAAUUUGUUCAACAAGUUGAUUGAUCAUUUUUUAGUAACUUUGGGGAAGGGGUUGUACAUAAAUUUGUAUUUUCUGAUUAAAUCAAUACCAUAUAAUUAAUUUUUUUAAGUGAUAAGGAAUCUAAUAAUAAUAUUAUUUUUUAAUAUUGUGUGUAAUGUAUUCCUUAAAUUUAAUUAUUUGUGUUUGUUUGAUUGGUAAAGAUGAAAUGUAUGAAAAACGCAUUGUAUGCAUUUCUUUCUGUUCAUUAUUGGAAUAAAAUAAAUAAUAUUUA